AUGGUGGGGGUGGUGGUAAUGAGGACAUGGAUUGAGCCAGUGGUUGCAGGCUCCCAAGUGGCCAGCGCCUUCUACGACACGGCACUGCUGCUGGUGGUGAAGAACUACUACAAUCAGACCAACACCACUGCUCCCUCCCAUGCACUGGAAGAUGCUCAGCAGAAGGCGGUCUCUGAUUUUUAUAUCAUCUACAACCUAGUCCUGGGCCUGAGCCCGCUGGUGUCAGCCUAUGGCUUGUCCAAGCUGGGGGACAGGAUGCAUCGGAAGAUCCCCAUCUGCUUCCCUCUUCUUGGCUACUUGGGCUCCAAAACUCUCCUGCUCCUCCUGAUCCUGCUGGGUUGGCCGAUCGAGGUGAUGUAUGGGGCUGCUGCCUUCAAUGGGCUGAUGGGCGGUUUCACCACGCUCUGGGCAGGCAUCAUGGCUCUGGGAUCCCUGGGUUCCUCUGAGAGCAGGAGGUCUCUGCGGCUUAUCAUUAUUGAGCUGGUAUAUGGCCUCGCUGGCUUUCUGGGAAGCAUGGCAUCUGGCUACCUCUUUGUUGGCUUCAGUGACCGCUAUCGGGAGGGCACUGUGCUGGUGGGCUGCAGCAUCGCUUGCUAUGCUUUCUGCCUCCUCUACAGCAUUUUUGUCCUGACAGUCCCCAAGCCAGCAGCUUCCUGCCCAGCCAAAGCCAAGAGUGCGGAGGAGGUGGGCAGCCAGCUACCAGCCCACAAAGAAACAGCAGCAGCAGGGAGUUCCCAACCUUCAGAGAGCAACAGGUCCACUCCAGUAUCCCCCUCGAAACUCAUCAUGAUCAUGCUGUUUGUGGCAGCAAUCCUCUAUGACCUUGCUGUGGUUGGUGCAAUGAACGUACUCCCACUCUUCUUGCUCAGGGAGCCUUUAAGUUGGAACGCCGUGGAGAUCGGCCACGGCAAUGCUGCUGGCUACGUGAUCUUCAUCACCAGCUUCCUAGGGGUAUUUGUGUUCUCCAAAUACCUGAGGGACAUUACCAUGAUCAUGAUUGGAGUGGCAUCCUUCAGCGCUGGCAUCCUCAUCAUGGCCUUCGUGCGGUGGACGUUCCUGUUCUACAUCGCACGGGCAGUGAUGCUCUUUGCCCUCAUCCCCUUACCAACCAUCAGGUCCAUGUUAUCUAAGCAUGUCGAAGGAUCAUCCUACGGUAAGUACUUUGGUUACCUUACUGAUCAAAAAACCUCAAAUCCCUCCAUUCAGCCUAAGGUGCAAAGAGAAAG